GUUUCCCCACCGAAAGCUCUCACCUUGUACCCCUCCUCUGAAAUAAGCAACAGAACAAAACCCAGAAGUCUUGUUCUCCAUAAUUGAUUGGAAUCAAAAUCCGGUUGAGAGGAAUCGAACUUAGAAAUUUGAUAAUAAUGGCGGCGAGUGCGUCGUGGCAGCCACAAGAAGAGGGGUUGAAGGUGAUCUGUGGGCUUUUGGAGCAGCAGAUUUCUCCUUCUUCAGCUGACAAGUCUCAGGUUUGGCAGGAACUCCAGCAGUACUCUCAGUUCCCGGAUUUCAACAAUUAUCUGGCCUUUAUCCUUGCUCGAGCCGAGGGUAAGUCAGUGGAGAUUCGACAAGCUGCUGGUCUGCUACUGAAAAAUAAUCUCAGAACCGCUUACAAGUCAAUGGCUCCUUCUCACCACCAAUACAUAAAAUCUGAGUUGUUACUUUGUUUGGGAGCUGCAGAUAGGCACAUUAGGUCAACAGUUGGAACCAUUAUAAGCGUUGUUGUUCAACUGAGCGGGAUUCUAGGGUGGCCAGACCUGUUGCAAGCUCUUGUUGCUUGCUUGGACAGUAAUGAUCUAAAUCACAUGGAAGGUGCUAUGGAUGCAUUGUUCAAGAUUUGUGAGGAUAUUCCCCAAGUGCUUGAUUCUGAUGUUCCUGGGUUAGCUGAACGACCCAUCAAGAUAUUCCUUCCUCGAUUAUUUCAGUUUUUCCAGUCACCUCACCCUUCUCUGAGAAAGCUCUCCUUGGGUUCUGUAAAUCAAUACAUUAUGUUGAUGCCUGCUGCUUUGUAUGCAUCCAUGGAUAAGUAUCUUCAGGGUUUGUUUGUUCUUGCCAAUGACCCUGCUGCAGAAGUGAGGAAAUUGGUUUGUGGAGCAUUUGUUCAGCUAAUUGAAGUUCAUCCAGAUUUUUUGCAGCCCCAUUUGAAAAAUGUAAUUGAAUACAUCUUGCAAGUCAAUGAAGACGCCAACAAUGAAGCGGCACUUGAAGCUUGUGAAUUUUGGACUGCAUAUUGUGAUGCUCAGCUACCACCUGAGAACUUGAGAGAUUUUUUGCCACGUCUAAUUCCAGUUCUAUUGUCAAAUAUGGCUUAUGCUGAUGAUGAUGAGUCUCUUGUUGAUGCUGAGGAGGAUGAAUCUCUUCCAGACCGAGAUCAGGAUCUGAAGCCUCGUUUCCAUACAUCACGAUAUCAUGGUUCUGAGGAUGCUGAAGAAGAUGAUGAUGAUAUAGUAAACGUAUGGAACUUACGCAAAUGCAGUGCAUCAGCUCUUGAUAGUCUCUCAAAUGUGUUUGGGGAUGAAAUUCUUCCAACUUUAUUGCCUAUAAUUCAGGCUAAGCUAUCCUCAAGUGACGAUGAUGCCUGGAAAGAUAGAGAAGCCGCCGUAUUGGCUCUUGGUGCUGUAGCUGAAGGUUGCAUUAAUGGUCUUUAUCCUCAUUUAUCUGAGAUUGUCUCAUUUCUUAUACCUCUAUUAGAUGAUAAGUUUCCUCUCAUCCGGAGUAUUUCUUGUUGGACAAUUUCUCGAUUCAGCAAAUAUAUUGUACAGAAUAUUGGUCAUCAAACGGGCCACGAGCAAUUUGACAAGGCUCUAAUGGGUCUUUUACGAAGAAUUUUGGAGACGAACAAGCGAGUCCAAGAGGCUGCCUGUUCAGCUUUUGCAACACUUGAGGAGGAGGCUGCAGAAGAGUUGGCACCAAGAUUAGAAAUUAUUUUACAUCAUCUUAUGUGUGCUUUUGGAAAAUAUCAGAGGCGAAAUCUCAGAAUUGUUUAUGAUGCCAUUGGAACCCUAGCAGAUGCUGUUGGAGGGGAACUAAAUCAGCCAGUUUAUCUUGAGAUUUUGAUGCCACCACUAAUUGCAAAGUGGCAGCAGCUUUCAAAUGCAGACAAAGAUCUUUUUCCACUUCUUGAGUGCUUUACAUCCAUAGCACAGGCACUUGGUACAGGAUUCUCUCAAUUUGCUCAGCCUAUAUUCCAGAGGUGCAUAAAUAUCAUCCAGACUCAACAAUUGGCAAAGGUCGAUCCUGUUUCAGCUGGGGUUCAAUAUGAUAAAGAGUUCAUUGUGUGCUCUCUUGAUUUGCUCUCUGGACUUGCAGAAGGUCUUGGUAGUGGAAUAGAGAGUUUGGUUUCACAGAGUAAUUUGAGGGACCUGCUUCUGCAAUGUUGUAUGGAUGAUGCUUCUGAUGUCCAACAAAGUGCAUUUGCACUUCUUGGGGACCUUGCAAGAGCAUGCCCCAUCCAUUUACACCCUCGUUUGUCUGAGUUCCUUGAUAUUGUGACCAAUCAAUUGAAUAUGUCCAAGAUAAAGGAAACUGUUUCUGUAGCUAAUAAUGCAUGUUGGGCAAUUGGAGAGUUGGCAAUUAAGGUUCGUCAAGAAAUAUCACCAGUUGUCAUGGCAGUUAUCUCAUGUUUGGUCCCAAUCCUUCAACAUGCGGAGGAGAUCAACAAGUCACUUGUUGAAAAUAGUGCAAUCACACUGGGGAGAAUUGCAUGGGUCUGUCCAGAGCUUGUAGCACCACACAUGGAGCAUUUCAUGCAAGCAUGGUGCAUUUCUUUAUCGAUGAUACGUGAUGAUAUAGAGAAAGAGGAUGCCUUCAGAGGUCUUUGUGCAAUGGUCAGAGCAAAUCCAUCCGGGGGUCUAAGCUCGCUUGUUUUUAUGUGUAAAGCUAUAGCAAGUUGGCAUGAAAUACGGAGUGAAGAACUACAUAAUGAAGUUUGCCAGGUGUUGCAUGGUUAUAAACAGAUGCUAAGGAAUGGAGCGUGGGAACAGUGUAUGUCAGCUCUGGAGCCUCAAGUGAAGGAUAAACUUUUGAAGUAUCAAGUAUAGAAUUUUUUGGUUAUCAGUGCUGGCUAUCUCUACAAUUUGUGAUUCCUCAAAUAUAUGUAUCUACAUCAGAAUUUUGUGGUCAUUUUGUGCAUUGUUGGAUUGUAUUGGGGUGGCAAUUCUUUUAGGCAAAAAGAUGUGGUCAUUAAUUUUUUUCUCCUCGGCAAAGCAUCAGUAUUGCCUCAACUCAACAAAACUUGAAGCAUAAUUGCACCUUCCGGAAAUGGGCAACAGCUUGGCUAUGAUUGGUUUGAAGGAAACGAAGCAAACAGAGAGUUGUGUUGAUAUUACGUACUGGGGAUGCAGUUGUCAAAGCUUCAAGAAAGUUUUUCCUAGUUUUCUAGUGUAAGGAUGGUUAAAUGAUCUUUUUGACCCUUCCAUGCUUUGAUGAUUUCAUUGGAAGGGGUUUUGGUUUGCAAUCCCAAUUCCCCAUAGGGAUUUUUAAAAGGGGUUUUGACUACAGUUUUCUGUCCUACAUAUUUUGCAAGAAAUGUAACUUGACAAAAUUUCAAUUUUUUCUCAUAUUCGCAUUGAGCCGUUAUGAAAUUGGAAUUGUGAGAACAAUAAUGCAAUGUAAACUGU